ACUUUUAACAGCUGAAGUUUUGCUGUAUGGAAUCGACUCCAGGAAUUGGAGAGUCGACUCUUUUGGGGUUGACUUCUAGGCUUCUCAUGCCAGUUUUCUGCCUGAGCCAGAGGUUUAGUAAUGACUUGUUGCUGUAGUUGGACUGAGGACGAAGCUGUUGCUACGAGUCUUUAACUUUUCUGCUUUGAUUUCUCUCUAUCUUUCCCUGUUUUUCUGCUUCUGGAUGUGUAUACCUCAAGUCUCAAUGACUGUCCUUCGUAGCCUUCUGUGUUUCCUGGAGAGCCACUCCUUCACCCAGAGUUCUUUCUCAGGAUCUCCGAGGACCACUCAGCACCAUGAACUGGGCAUUCCUCCAGGGUCUCCUGAGCGGGGUCAAUAAAUAUUCGACAGCAUUUGGGCGCAUCUGGCUCUCUGUGGUCUUUUUGUUCCGCAUCAUGGUGUUCGUGGUGGCUGCGGAGAAGGUGUGGGGUGAUGAGCAGAAGGAUUUCACGUGUAACACGGCACAGCCGGGCUGCCACAACGUAUGCUACGACCACUUCUUUCCCAUCUCACACGUUCGCCUGUGGGCGUUGCAGCUGAUCUUCGUGACAUGUCCGUCACUGCUAGUGGUGCUGCAUGUGGCGUACCGUGAGGAACGUGAGCGCAAACACCGUGCCAAGUUUGGCGAAGACUGCAGCCGCCUUUAUCAGAAUACAGGCAAGAAGCGUGGCGGACUCUGGUGGACCUACGUGCUUUCGCUGGUCUUCAAGAUGGGUGUAGAUGGUUCCUUUGUCUACCUGCUGUACUAUCUGUAUGAGGGCUAUGACUUCCCGACGCUGGUGAAGUGUUCAGAGACGCCGUGCCCCAACGUGGUGGACUGCUUUAUCUCGAGGCCCACCGAGAAGAGGAUCUUCACACUCUUCAUGGUGAUCACCAGUGUCGUGUGCAUCCUGCUCUCACUCUGCGAGAUCCUCUACCUGGUGGGCAAACGAUGCUAUGAGGGCAUCCAGAAGCUCAAGGGUUCCAGGCAGGUGGCUCGUGCCACUUCCAUCCACAACGUCAAGAACCUAAAUGAUGAUGCGAUGAGGAAAUUCAUACUCGACCUCGAGAGGAACUGGAAAGAAACCUGAGACAAACUUGAGACAAACUCAACAGGCAGGUUGUUGGAAUCCAGUAGUGAGACUGAGAAUGAGAACUGGUCAAAAAGGUUUAUCUUAAACAGCGAGACAGAGGCACAGAAACUUGUGAACAUAGAGAAUUUCACUUAAACUUUAAAGUGUCUGGAAGCAGUUUGCCGACAGUUUGUUCCUCAAACCACUCAGCCACUGAACACUAUCAAGCAGAUGAACUGAAAAUGAGGUGUAGCUCUGUUACGCACAUUUUUAACAUGCAGCCGCAAGUUCCAGCAUGCCUUUUGCUUUUCAGCAACAUGUCCUGAAGUGGUUUGGGCUGUGAAUCAACUUCAGCCAGGAUGAAAAGCAGGCAAGGCCCUCUGUUUAAACCCAAAGCCACUAGUCUUUCAUUCUUGACUCAGAAGAGAACAGUGUGUAAAUAGUGAAAGAUGAUCGUCCCACACCCUAAAGCAACCAGGAGCAGGUUGUGGUGCUAUAGUGGCUGAUUGCGUCUGUCCUGGUUGUUUUUACCACUUGAGAUUACUUUUUUUCUUGCAGUGCCAAUGAUAAUGAAGCUGCUCAGAAAUUUAGUUGCGAACAAAAAAUUGAAAAACACUUGAAAAAGAAAAAGCACCAAAAUGUUAUGUGUAUAUGUUUGAACUGUAAAAGAGAAUGUUUGAGGUGCUGAAUGCUAGCUCUCAUUUCUUACAUGAAAUGAGGAAUAAAGAGACAGAUUUGUGCAUGACGUAUGUAUUAAGUGAAAGUUUCCCCUAAAAAUGUAUCUGAAAAGUGCGUAAAUCUCAAAAUGUUCCUUAUUCGGGAUCAUCGAUGUUAUAAAAGGGUAUAGAUUGUCAAAUACCAACAACUGCAUGCAUGAACAAUGAAAAAAAAAAAGGAAGGAUGAAAAGGAGAAACAAAUAGUUUGGUUAAGUUCAUUCAUUUGUCAGGAG